GCUCCGGGCCGGCGGCGCGAAGGCAUCGGGGAGUGCGCGGCGAGCCGACGGGCGCCGGGUCCCUCUGCUGGGAGCUUGGCGGCGCGGGGCAGGGGCUAACGCCUUCGGCGCGGCCUCGCAGCCAUGAGCAAAGAGCAGGAUAAACCAACCAGCAAAGAAAUAUCCAAGGCACCAAAAAGAAUUUUACCAUAUCUGCCUAAGGUGAGUUCCAAGCCCCAGUGGCAGCAGGCACCUCCAUCGUUCCAUUUUAGCAUAAAGCAGGAUGAAGCUAUUCCAGAAGCGUAUACUGCUAAAAAUGAACAGUCAUAUACUGAAUACAUGGAGCAAUUUGCAAAGAAGAGCAAAUUAGAGCAAGAUGAUGAAGCUGGACCAUCCCACUCCAAAUCAAAAAGUAAAUCUCCAUACAAAGAACGAGAAAAUUUCAGAAGCACUCUCGUUAAUGUUAUUAUGAAUCAAGAUACUUCUGCCUUAGAUGUGGCUACUACUGGUGAAAGCUCACUUCCAAAAGCGACCACUUCUGCAAUAGAGAAAGACAUCUUGAGAUAUUAUUAUUAUAUUAACCAUGGAAUUGACACAGACCAUGUAGCCCCGAUGGAAGAUUCUUGGCUAGACCACGUAUUGGAUUUAGUGCCCCAACAUCUGAAAGUCCUCCAUAACAGUAUACUUGCAUUAUCUGAUGAAAUGAGGGAGGAUUAUCUACUCAGUGUAAAGAAAUCCAUAGUUGAUUUUGUUUUAAAAGACCCUCGAGAAAAAGAUGAGAAAAAGGCAGAGGAACUUCCACCCCAUCGUGCAGAAAUGGAAGUUCUUCCAAAGCCUUGGAGGAGAUCUUUCUUAGCUGCCACCAGUUUUAUUAAGGACCAUUUGAAUGCAAUGAACCCUACAAUGUUGGCUGUGCUGGAUUUAUGGCAUAAUACUUACAAAAAAUUACGUUUAGUUGAUGUAGAAGAAUUUCACAAUCGCCAGGAGGCAUUAGAGCUGUCCAGUUUUCAGACCAUUGUCAUGAGACACAUGGAAACUGCUAAAGAAACUCUAGUUAAAAUGUGGUUUCCAGAAGUGCAGAAUAUUUAUUACCAAGGUAAUAAAAAAAAGCAAUUACCACCUAGUGACAACAGUGCCAAAUUAGAAUCUUUUUUCAACUGUGCUGCUACCCUCAUGACUUUACAGCUGCAGGACCUCACCUUGGUCUCCAUGCAGGAUUUCACAAACUUGAUUGCACAACCCCCUGGUUCUGUUAGAGCUUUUGAACAUCCAGGAUUUGUUAUGAGACUAAUCCUUGAUAACAAUACUAUUAAGUUUGAGCCUGAAUUCACUGAUUAUAUAGACAUCUUUCUAAAUGUUUAUGAUGUCAUGAUUAAAGCUGUCAGUUUUGUGCCAAGAAUUGAGACAAAAUUGUAUUCUAAGUGGGAAAGUAAGUCUAAGCCAACCACCUUGAAGCCUGUAAUUCUGAAUGAAAUUGUGGAAGCUCACAAAAACAAAGUUAGGGAAGUGAUUAUGAAAGAGAGUUUGGCACCUCAAGAGCACCUCAAACUCUAUGAUAAGUAUGAGUUUUUGAUUACCAGAAAAGCUGAGCAAGAUGUAGAUGCUUUUCUUGCAGAAAAUCCUACUUAUGAGAAAAUAAUAGAAGAAAUACGCAAAUACAAAAAGCUAAUAGAAGAAAUACAGUAUACAUCUAGAAAGACUAUUCGUUUGGGGAUGUUUGAAAUGCGCUGUGACGAAUUAAUCAGAGCUUUGGUGAAGCGGGCAGAAGCUAUUUGUGGAAAACUUAUAGCUCAAAUGUUCAGAGAUCAUCAGGAAGCUAACACAAGAUUAUGCAAUGAAUUUGAAAAGAUUGCUGAAAAAGCCCUUAGCACACCUCCAAAUACAGCAGAACUAAUGGAAAUGAAGGCUUAUAUUCAGAAAGUAGAAUCAGUUGAUAUGGUUGAACUGGAACAGAAGCUGGUUGAUUCCAAAAACUGCCUUGCCUUCCUCAUUGAGUGUGCCACCUUUUCUCCGGCAGACCUUAGACUCAAUAAUAAUGUUUUCCAGUGGUAUGGAAGAAUGGAUGAGAUUUUUGAUGAACACAGGAAGAUCAUUAAAGAGAAAACUGAACAAUAUCAAGACGGUCUCAAGUUACGGUGUGAGCGGUUUCAGGAGGAAUUGGAGAGUUAUGCUAAGCAGGCAGAAGAAUUUUACUCAUUUGGAGACCUUCAAGAUGUCCAGCGAUAUUUGAAAAAGGCUCAGAUCCUGAAUGGAAAGUUGGAUUCAGCAGCAGACAAGAUUGAUCAAUUUAAUGCUGAAGAAGAGGCAUUUGGUUGGCUGCCAUCUAUAUAUCCUCAACGUAAAAAAAUCCAAGAUGCUUUGAACCCUUAUCUUCGUCUCUAUGAAACUGCUGUUGAAUUUGGUACCAAAUAUAGAACAUGGACAGAAGGCCCAUACAACAAAGUGAAUCCUGAUCAAGUAGAAACAGAUGUUGGAAAUUACUGGAGAGGACUGUAUAAGCUGGAGAAAACUUUCCACGAUUCCCCACAUGCAUUGUCAAUGACAAAGAAAGUAAGAGCGAAGGUGGAAGAUUUCAAGCAGCACAUUCCUCUCAUUCAAGUGAUCUGCAAUCCUGGUUUGCGUCCCAGGCACUGGGAGGCCAUGUCCAGAAUUGUUGGUUACACUCUGCAGCCUUCAGAUGAUUCUACUGUCUUCUCUUUUUUAGACAUGAAUCUAGAACCAUACUUAGAUAAAUUUGAAGGUAUUAGUGAAGCUGCUAGCAAAGAAUAUUCUCUCGAAAAGGCCUUGGAGAAGAUGAUUAAUGAGUGGGAUGCCAUGGAGUUUGUCAUUCUUUCUUAUAGAGAAUCUGGUACAUAUAUUUUGUCUUCAGUUGAUGAAAUUCAGAUGCUGUUGGAUGACCACAUUGUUAAGACACAAACUAUGCGAGGAUCUCCUUUCAUUAAGCCUUAUGAAAAACAGAUGAGAGAGUGGGAGGGCAAGCUCCUGUUGCUCCAGGAGAUUCUGGAUGAAUGGCUUAAGGUCCAAGCCACGUGGCUGUAUUUGGAGCCCAUAUUCAGUUCCCCAGACAUUAUGUCUCAGAUGCCUGAGGAAGGCAGACGGUUUACAACUGUUGAUAAAACGUGGAGAGAUAUAAUGAAAACUGUCAUACAGGAUAAACAUGUUUUGUCAGUUGUAAAUAUAGAAAGAAUGCUGGAAAGACUUAAAAAAUCUAAUGAACUUUUGGAGCUUAUUCUUAAAGGACUUAAUGAAUACUUGGAAAAGAAACGUCUCUUCUUCCCUAGAUUCUUUUUCUUAUCAAAUGAUGAACUUCUUGAAAUACUCUCUGAGACUAAAGAUCCCACUAGGGUGCAGCCUCACUUGAAGAAAUGUUUUGAAGGAAUUGCAAAGGUAGAAUUCACAGAAACUUUAGAUAUUACUCACAUGAAGAGCAGUGAAGGAGAAGUUGUGGAGCUCACAGACACCAUUUCAACAGCCAAAGCUAGAGGCCAAGUGGAGAAAUGGUUGCUUGAGUUAGAGAAAAUUAUGAUUAAGUCUGUCCACAAGGUAAUUAAAGAUGCGAUUCUUGCAUACACAAACUUUGAACGAAUUAUCUGGGUAAGGGAUUGGCCUGGACAAACAGUUCUCUGUGUAUCCCAAACCUUUUGGACUCUAGAAGUACAAAAAGCUAUUUCACAGGGACAAACGUUUCUUGAGCAAUAUUUGGAAAAAUGUAACAAGCAAAUUGAUGAUAUUGUCACCUUGGUUCGUGGCAAAUUGUCCAAGCAGAAUCGUGUCACACUGGGAGCCCUUGUGGUACUAGAUGUUCAUGCAAGAGAUGUCCUCGCUAUACUUGUUAAUAAAAGGGUUAGCAACGAGAAUGACUUUGAAUGGCUAAGUCAGCUUAGGUACUAUUGGAAAGAUAAUAAUUUAGAAACACAUAUGAUCAAUGCCAGUUUGCGGUAUGGAUAUGAAUAUCUGGGUAACUCUCCUAGGCUGGUUAUUACUCCACUCACUGAUAGAUGCUAUAGAACCUUAUUUGGAGCACUCCACCUGCACCUUGGAGGAGCACCUGAGGGACCAGCUGGCACUGGAAAAACAGAAACUACCAAAGAUUUAGCAAAGGCUGUUGCCAAACAAUGUGUUGUUUUCAACUGCUCAGAUGGGCUGGAUUAUCUGGCUUUAGGAAAGUUCUUUAAGGGACUGUUAUCUUGUGGAGCCUGGGCUUGCUUUGAUGAGUUUAACAGAAUUGAUUUGGAAGUGCUUUCUGUGGUUGCUCAACAAAUUCUUACCAUACAAAGAGGCAUUAAUGCAGGUGCCGAGUUACUAGUGUUUGAAGGAACUGAACUAAAACUUGACCCCACUUGUGCUGUCUUUAUAACAAUGAACCCUGGGUAUGCUGGCCGAUCAGAGCUGCCAGAUAACCUAAAGGCUCUCUUUAGGACAGUUGCGAUGAUGGUGCCCGACUAUGCUAUGAUUGCCGAAAUUGUCCUGUAUUCCUGUGGGUUUGUCACUGCUCGGCCUCUGUCAGUGAAAAUUGUGGCCACGUAUCGCUUGUGUUCAGAGCAGUUAUCAUCACAGCAUCACUAUGACUAUGGCAUGAGAGCCGUGAAGUCAGUGCUCACUGCUGCUGGAAACCUAAAGCUGAAAUACCCAGAUGAAAAUGAAGAAAUUUUGCUGCUUAGGUCUAUUAUUGAUGUAAAUCUGCCGAAAUUUUUGUCACAUGAUUUACCACUCUUUGAGGGAAUUACUUCAGAUUUGUUUCCUGGGGUAAAAUUGCCAAAACCAGAUUACAAUGAUUUACUGGCAGCUAUCAAAGAGAACUGUGACUCCAUGAAUUUGCAAAUGACCCCAUUCUUUUCUGAGAAGAUUCUUCAAAUAUAUGAAAUGAUGAUUGUACGUCAUGGUUUUAUGAUUGUUGGAGAACCAUUUGGAGGAAAAACAUGUGCUUAUCGUGUCUUAGCUGGAGCAUUGAAUGAUAUUUGUGAAAAGGGGUUAAUGGAAGAAAACAAGGUUCAAAUUACUGUUUUAAAUCCUAAGUCUGUCACCAUGGGACAGCUAUAUGGACAGUUUGAUUUAGUGUCCCAUGAAUGGUCUGAUGGGAUCCUUGCUGUUAGUUUCAGAGCAUUUGCUGCUUCAGCGACACCAGAUAGGAAAUGGUUAAUUUUUGAUGGGCCAGUAGAUGCAGUAUGGAUUGAGAAUAUGAAUACUGUACUUGAUGACAACAAAAAACUCUGUCUGAUGAGCGGGGAGAUUAUUCAAAUGUCACCACAGAUGAAUCUAAUUUUUGAACCAAUGGAUUUAGAAGUUGCUUCUCCUGCCACUGUUUCCAGAUGUGGUAUGAUUUACAUGGAGCCUCAAAUGUUAGGCUGGAGACCGCUGAUGUUGUCUUGGAUAAAUCUUUUACCAGAAUCAAUCACAGAUAUUCAGAAGGAAUUUAUUAUAAACUUAUUUGACAGAAUGGUCCCUGUUUCUGUUGAAUUUAUUAGAAAGCAUGCAAAGGAAUUAUCUCCUACGUCAGAUACAAACUUAGUCCGAAGUUUAAUGAAUCUAGUUGACUGUUUCAUGGAUGAAUUUAUGGAUGAUGCCAAAGUGAAAGAUAGAAAUGAUCGAGAAGUUUUUUCUUUGCUUGAGGGCAUUUUUAUCUUUUCAUUGAUAUGGUCCAUUGGCGCUUCUUGUAAAGAUGAUGAUCGAUUGAGAUUUAAUAAGGUUCUUCGAGAACUAAUGAAUGGCCCAAUUUCAGAUAUCACUCGAGAAAGGUAUAAAAUACUGAGUGGCACUGAAGAAAUUUCUACAAAAGCACUAACAGUUCCAUUUCCUGAAAACGAAACAAUUUAUGAUUAUCAGUUUAUCACUGAGGGAAUAGGAAGAUGGGAACCAUGGAUAAAAAAAUUGGAUGAGGCUCCUCCAAUUUCUAAGGAUGCACAAUUUAAUGAAAUCAUUGUACCAACUCUGGACACAAUUCGAUACUCUAUGUUAAUGAGUUUGUUGACUACUCAUCAAAAGCCUUCACUAUUUGUAGGACCAACAGGAACUGGAAAGAGUUCUUAUAUUAUUAAUUUUCUUUUAAAUCAACUCAAUAAAGAAACCUACAGACCUCUGCUCAUUAACUUCUCAGCACAAACCACAGCAUCUCAAACUCAGAAUAUUAUCAUGUCUAAACUGGACAAAAGAAGAAAAGGAGUUUUUGGUCCACCUUUGGGAAAACAAAUGGUUGUCUUUGUAGAUGAUGUCAAUAUGCCUGCUCGGGAGGUAUAUGGUGCCCAACCUCCCAUUGAAUUACUUAGACAGUGGUUAGAUCACUGGAAUUGGUAUGACCUAAAAGAUUGUUCUAUGAUUAAACUAGUGGACAUACAAAUCUUGUGUGCUAUGGGACCUCCAGGUGGUGGUCGAAAUCCAGUAACUCCUCGAUACAUGAGACAUUUCAAUAUUAUAACAAUCAAUGAAUUUAGUGACAAGUCCAUGUUUACUAUCUUCUCUAGAAUUUUAAAUUGGCAUUUAAAAACAUGUUAUAAAUUUCCAGAAGACUUUCUAGAUUUGACAACACAAAUUGUAAAUGGUACAAUGACUCUGUAUAAAGAAGCAAUGAAGAAUCUCUUGCCUACUCCAGCUAAAUCUCACUACUUGUUCAACCUCCGGGAUUUCUCCAGAGUCAUACAGGGUGUGUGUUUGUCAAGGCCAGAAACAGCAGAAACCAAAGAAGUGAUUAAACGUCUUUGGGUCCAUGAGGUCCUUAGGGUGUAUUAUGAUCGCCUUCUGGAUAAUGCAGAUCGAAGUUGGCUGAUAAACUACAUUCAAGAAAUUUUGAAAACUUACAUGGGUGAAGAUUUUUCUGAGCUUUUUAAGAGUUUGGAUUUUGAUAAGGAUGGCAAUGUGGAAGAAGAUGACUUACGGAGCUUAAUGUUUUGCGAUUUCCAUGAUAUCAAGAGGGAGGAUACUAACUACAGAGAAAUUGAAAAUGUAGAUAGUCUUCGAGUAAUAGUGGAAGCUCACCUAGAAGAAUAUAAUAACAUGAGCAAAAAACCCAUGAACCUUGUUUUAUUUCGCUUCGCUAUUGAACAUAUCAGCAGGAUUUCCAGGAUCCUGAAGCAGCCUCGCAGUCAUGCUCUCUUGGUUGGUGUUGGAGGAAGUGGAAGGCAGUCUGUUACCAGAUUAGCUGCCCACAUGGCUGAUGACGCAGUUUUCCAGGUUGAAAUCACCAAGGGUUAUGGGAAUGUUGAGUGGCGUGAAGAUUUAAAAGUGAUUUUAAGGAAAUGUUCUGAAGGGGAGAUGCACGGUGUUUUCCUAUUUACAGAUACGCAGAUUAAAAAGGAGUCAUUCCUAGAAGAUGUGAACAAUCUGCUAAAUGCUGGGGAGGUUCCAAAUCUCUUUGCAUUAGAUGAGAAGCAGGAGAUAUGCGAUAAGAUGCGUCAGUUAGAUCGUCAACGAGAUAAAACCAAACAAACAGAUGGAAGCCCUGUAGCUCUUUUCAACAUGUUUAUCGAUCGAUGUCGCAACCAACUGCAUGUUGUCCUCGCUAUGAGUCCUAUUGGAGAUGCAUUUCGGAAUCGUCUUAGAAAGUUUCCUGCUCUUGUUAACUGCUGUACAAUAGACUGGUUUCAGUCAUGGCCUGAAGAUGCACUACAGGCAGUUGCCUCACGCUUCUUGGAAGAAAUUGAAAUGUCAGAGGAAGUACGAGAAGGCUGUAUCGACAUGUGUAAAAGCUUCCACACAUCUACUAUAGAAUUAUCAACAUCCUUCUAUAUCGAGCUUCAAAGAUACAAUUAUGUGACUCCUACCUCUUAUCUUGAAUUAAUCUCCACCUUUAAAUUAUUAUUAAAGAAAAAAAGAAGUGAAGUAAUGAUGAUGAAAAAGAGGUAUGAAGUGGGUUUGGAGAAACUGGAUUCAGCUGCCUCUCAAGUAGCCUCAAUGCAAUUAGAGUUGGAAGCCCUACAGCCUCAAUUAAAAGUUGCUAGUAAAGAGGUUGAUGAAAUGAUGGUAAUGAUUGAGAAGGAGUCUAUAGAAGUUGCCAAAACUGAAAAAAUAGUUAAAGCUGAUGAAACAGUGGCAAAUGAGCAAGCUAUGGCUGCCAAGGCCAUCAAAGAUGAAUGUGACGCCGACCUUGCUGAGGCCUUGCCAAUACUGGAGUCUGCACUGUCAGCCCUGGAUACACUCACAGCCCAGGACAUCACAGUGGUAAAAUCCAUGAAGAGUCCUCCAGCUGGUGUCAAGCUUGUGAUGGAAGCAAUAUGUAUCUUGAAAGGCAUCAAAGCUGACAAAAUCCCUGACCCAACAGGUACAGGGAAAAAAAUAGAGGAUUUCUGGGGUCCAGCUAAGAGACUUCUUGGUGACAUUCGAUUUCUACAAUCUCUUCAUGAAUAUGACAAGGACAAUAUUCCUGCAUCUUAUAUGAAUAUCAUAAGAAAAAAUUAUAUCCCAAAUCCUGAUUUUGUUCCAGAGAAAAUUAGAAAUGCUUCCACAGCUGCCGAAGGUCUGUGUAAAUGGGUGAUAGCAAUGGAUUCAUAUGAUAAAGUGGCAAAAAUAGUAGCUCCCAAAAAGGUAAAACUGGCAGCAGCUGAAGGGGAGCUUAAAAUUGCCAUGGAUGGUCUUAGAAAGAAGCAGGCAGCUCUCUAUGAAGUUCAGGCCAAACUGGCCAAGCUGCAAGACACACUUGAGUUAAAUAAACAAAAGAAAGCUGACUUGGAAAAUCAGGUUGACUUAUGCAGUAAAAAGCUAGAACGAGCUGAACAAUUGAUUGGAGGCCUGGGAGGUGAGAAAACACGGUGGAGUCAAACUGCUCAGAUGCUGGGCGUGCUGUACUUCAACCUGACGGGGGACAUCCUCAUUUCCUCGGGAAUUAUCGCUUACUUGGGAGCUUUCACAUCUAGCUAUCGACAGAACCAAACCAAGGAGUGGUCAGUUUUGUGCAAAGGAAGAGGCAUCCCCUGCUCUGAAGAUUAUUCUCUUAUGAGUACCCUGGGAGAAGCAGUGACAAUUCGUGUCUGGAAUAUUGCAGGUUUACCUUCAGAUUCAUUUUCCAUUGAUAAUGGAAUCAUCAUAAUGAAUGCACGGAGGUGGCCUCUGAUGAUAGAUCCUCAAGGUCAGGCUAAUAAAUGGAUCAAAAACUUUGAGAAAGCCAAUAGUCUUCAUGUCAUUAAAUUAAACGAUUCUGACUAUGUCAGGACUCUGGAAAAUUGCAUACAGUUUGGUACCCCAGUGUUGCUAGAAAAUGUUGGAGAAGAACUAGAUCCUAUAUUGGAGCCUCUUCUACUAAAACAGACCUUUAAGCAGGGUGGAAGUACUUGUAUCCGACUUGGAGACUCUACCAUUGAAUAUGCACCGGACUUCCGCUUUUAUAUCACCACCAAGCUGCGAAAUCCUCAUUAUCUGCCUGAAACAUCAGUAAAGGUAACCUUACUAAACUUCAUGAUAACUUCUGAAGGAAUGCAGGACCAGCUUUUGGGAAUCGUGGUGGCUCGCGAAAGACCAGACCUGGAGGAAGAAAAGCAAGCCUUGAUCUUGCAAGGAGCUGAAAAUAAAAGGCAGUUAAAAGAAAUAGAAGACAAGAUUUUAGAAGUUCUUUCAUCUUCUGAAGGCAAUAUAUUAGAAGAUGAAACAGCUAUUAAGAUAUUAUCUUCCUCCAAGGCUUUAGCUAAUGAGAUUUCUCAAAAACAGGAAGUAGCUGAAGAGACAGAGAGAAAGAUUGAUAAUGCCCGCAUGGGCUAUCGUCCGAUUGCAGUCCAUUCCACCAUCCUAUUUUUCUCUAUUGCUGAUUUAGCUAACAUCGAACCCAUGUACCAAUAUUCAUUAACCUGGUUUAUUAACCUUUUCAUCCUGUCUAUAGAAAAUUCAGAGAAAUCUGAAAUCUUAUCAGAUAGGCUUAAGAUUCUCAAAGAUCACUUCACUUACUCCCUUUAUGUUAACAUCUGCCGGUCACUCUUUGAAAAAGAUAAGCUACUUUUUUCCUUUUGUCUAAAUAUAAAUCUGCUGCUACAUGAGCAUAAGGUUAAUAAAGCUGAGUGGAGAUUUCUGCUAACUGGUGGCAUUGGUCUAGAUAAUCCUUAUACCAACCCUUGUACCUGGCUUCCUCAAAAAUCCUGGGAUGAAAUAUGUAGAUUAGAUGAAUUGCCUCACUUCAGAUCGAUUCGUAAGGAGUUUGUUCAUUUAAAGGAUGGUUGGAAAAAAGUGUAUGAUAGCCUGGAACCACAUCAUGAACAUUUUCCUGAGGAAUGGGAAAGUAGAGCAAAUGAGUUUCAAAGAAUGCUUAUCAUUCGUUGCUUGAGGCCAGACAAGGUGAUUCCGAUGGUGCAAGAAUUUAUCACUGGUAGAUUAGGACGCCCCUUCAUUGAGCCACCCCCCUUUGAUCUAGCCAAUGCAUUUGGAGAUAGUAACUGCUGUGCCCCUCUGAUUUUCAUACUCUCCCCUGGAGGGGACCCCAUGGCUGCCCUUCUCAAAUUUGCAGAUGAUCAGGGAUAUGGAGGAGCAAAACUUAGCUCCUUAUCUCUUGGUCAAGGCCAAGGGCCCAUUGCUAUGAAGAUGCUAGAAAAAGCUGUAAAGGAUGGAACCUGGGUUGUUCUUCAGAAUUGUCACCUUGCCACAUCUUGGAUGCCAACCCUUGAGAAAGUUUGUGAGGAAUUAAGUCCAGACACAACACAUCCAGACUUCCGGCUUUGGCUUACAAGUUACCCAUCUCCAAAUUUCCCCGUGUCUGUGCUGCAGAAUGGAGUGAAAAUGACCAAUGAAGCACCGAAAGGUUUACGGGCUAAUAUCAUUCGAUCAUACCUGAUGGACCCGAUCUCUGACCCUGAGUUCUUUGGCAGCUGCAAAAAGCCUGAGGAAUUCAAGAAACUGCUUUAUGGCCUCUGUUUCUUUCAUGCCUUGGUACAAGAAAGACGGAAAUUUGGACCCCUGGGGUGGAAUAUUCCUUACGAGUUCAAUGAGACUGACCUAAGAAUCAGUGUACAGCAACUCCACAUGUUUCUGAACCAGUAUGAGGAACUGCCUUUUGAUGCUCUGCGAUACAUGACUGGGGAGUGCAAUUACGGUGGCAGAGUGACUGACGACUGGGACCGGCGCACGCUGCGCAGCAUCCUGAACAAGUUCUACAAUCCGGAAUUAGUUCAAAGUGAACAAUAUAAAUUUGACUCAAGCGGCAUCUAUUUCGUUCCUCCCUCUGGUGAUCACAAAAGCUAUAUCGAAUAUACAAAGACUCUACCGUUGACCCCAGCACCAGAAAUCUUUGGGAUGAAUGCCAAUGCAGAUAUCACUAAAGACCAGUCAGAAACUCAACUGUUAUUCGAUAAUAUUCUUCUUACACAGUCUCGUUCAGCAGAAGCUGGUGCAAAAUCAUCCGAUGAAGUAGUAAAUGAUGUUGCUGGAGACAUCUUGGGUAAACUUCCACACAACUUUGAUAUUGAGGCUGCAAUGAGGAGAUUUCCGACAACCUAUACUCAGAGUAUGAACACUGUGCUUGUCCAAGAGAUGGGAAGGUUCAAUAAGUUGCUGCAUACCAUAAGGGAAUCAUGCAUUAACAUUCAGAAAGCAAUCAAGGGGCUGGUAGUGAUGUCAACAGAGCUUGAAGAAGUAACUAAAAGUAUUCUAAAUGUCAAAAUUCCAGCAAUGUGGAUGGGUAAAUCCUAUCCAAGCCUUAAACCACUUGGGAGCUAUGUGAAUGACUUCCUAGCAAGAUUAAAAUUCUUGCAGCACUGGUAUGAGGUUGGCCCUCCUCCAGUCUACUGGCUUUCUGGCUUCUUCUUCACACAAGCCUUUCUAACUGGAGCCCAGCAGAACUACUCCAGGAAAUAUACAAUCCCUAUUGAUCUUCUUGGGUUUGACUAUGAAGUAAUGGAAGACAAAGAGUAUAAGCAUGGUCCCGAAGAUGGUGUUUUUAUUCAUGGACUAUUUCUGGAUGGAGCUUCCUGGAAUAGAAAGAUAAGAAAACUUGGAGAAUCAUAUCCCAAAAUUCUUUAUGAUACGGUGCCUGUGAUGUGGCUAAAGCCCUGUAAGAAGGUAGAUAUACCAGAACGACCAAGUUAUGUUGCUCCAUUAUACAAGACAAGUGAGCGAAGAGGAACACUAUCCACCACUGGACAUUCUACAAAUUUUGUAAUUGCCAUGACUCUUCCCUCAGACCAACCCCCAGAGCACUGGAUUGGACGGGGUGUAGCAUUAUUAUGCCAACUUAAUUCAUAAUUAGAAGAUAUAUUAUCAUUUCCCUGUUCUAGAUAGCUGAGCAGGAAAAAGAC